GGCUGAGCGGUGAGUAUAAAAGGGGCAUCCUUCCCACUCAUCAGAGAAGAGCUCACUUCAUUCUUACACACUUCUUUAAUACGGCAAGCCUUUUUUUCUCAAGAUGAAUGUAGGAUUGUGUGUGUGUGCUGCGCUGGCAGUCCUGUGCUCAAGCUGCUUCGGACUGCCGUUCUCCCCCCAGCCCCAAGAAGAGGAGCAGCGCUACUUCUCAGCUCCCUCUGAAGCUGUCUUUGAGGCUGAGAGCCCUGCCCUGGGAGAGACCCACCUCCGACACAGCCGCUCAAGCUCCCAGCUGAAAUCUCUUUCUCAGGCUGAGGAGGACGCAGACUCCCGUGCAAACCUCAGCGAGCUGCUGGCAAGGCUCAUCUCCUCACGGAAAGGUUCCGUGCGCAGAAACUCCAUGGCCCAGAAAAAAGGUGGCGGUUUGGGCACCAAGCACCGGAUAGCAGACAGGGACUAUGUUGGGUGGAUGGAUUUUGGCCGGCGCAGCGCUGAAGAGUUUGAGUACUCCUCAUAAGGAGAAGCAGCUUCUCCUUGAUGGAAAAAAAUAAUAAUAACAUGCCAAGCUGGGUCCCCACUGUCACCUAAUAAGAGCCUAUUUAUGACGUCUUUGUUGUACAUUUGUUUGUAAAACUGUAAUAACGCAAUAUUCAUUCUGUUUGCCAAAUCUUUUGCAGAAAAGCUCUUUCUGUUUGUUUUCUUGUUUAUCUGGUUUCUUUAUCAUUCGGGGUGAAACGAUUUGGGUCUGUUGAGACUAACUGGACUGAAUAAAGAUUAUAAAUACCC